AUGAGUGAUGACAGUGGUAUUGACAACCACCACGCAGCGGAAAAGGAGGAAACCAGCUCGGGCAACCCCCCGUACCGAAACGGGCAGAUCGGGGUGUACAAGCCCUUUCCACGCUUCGACCAAGCCUCCCGGUCGAUUGUGUCGGACAACUGGCGUGCUUCUGCUUCUCUUGCCGGCAAGUCCCAGACUAAGACCUCAAACGACAACAAGCUAUCCUUAGCUGCUCCGUCCUCAACCUCGACCACCACCCUCUUCAGCCCAGCCCGCAGCCCCUUGACCGCCCCUAUCGACUCGUCCAUUGCCGGAUUCGCCUUCAACCCUAAGCCUCCUCACAGCACGCCUGCGUCUGUCUCGACCCCCGUUUCCGGACGGGGGGUUCGGUUUGAUCUGGGCUCUGGACAUGUUCAUCACACGUCUUUGAGCAGUGUUGAUACUGCCGCUUCGUCUGGAUCUCAAACGCAGACGACUCAACUGCAGACGACGCAGACUCAGCCUACAACCAGUACAAACAAACAGCCGGUGACCUUCACAGUGACCAUCACCCCCGACACGCUGGGGUAUUGCUUCGUCCGCCCUGAUGGGACGCGCACGAGAUUGGUCCCGGUGGAUAUGUUGCCGUUUACGCUGGAGGGUAUUCCGGCACGGGAGGGUGGAAGUGGGAGUGAGAGAGAGAGUGGGAGGCUGGUAGAGCUGCCUGUGCCGGGGGGUGUAGGUGAAGAUGGGAGAUCGAGUAAUUGGCAGGUUUUGAGGGCUGUGACUCCGCCUAGUGCGAGUAGUGGGGAUGUUAUUCAGGUAUGUCCCAUUCCAACCUCCUCCUCACUUUUCACCCCCUCCUCCAAACGCAUGAAAGUCUACUGCGACAAAUGGGUCCACGAAGGCGUCUGCGCCUUCACCCAGCAGGGCUGCAAGUACAAGCAUGAGAUGCCCGCCGACCGCGCGACGCAGCACCAGCUGGGGUUGUUUCUGGGGUAUCCCGCGUGGUGGAAGCGGAGGCAGGGGGAGUUGGCGCGGGUG